GCACUUUAACUGGGAACUCUGUGGUUUAAAUCUUCGCGAUUUUACAAGAUUGAAACUUCACAGGCCGACUCUCUACUCCCGUCUGCCGCCGCUCGGUCUCUUGGAGCUUCCGGUUCACCAGCUGUGGUUUUACAGAGCCACUAGUGAUGGGACGAUGAUACCUUAAGGAGUGUAUUGACACACUAAACAAAUUGUGUCGGCACUGUAUUGAUUCUGUUGGUCACCCAAUAGUGACCCCUGCAGUAGUAAUCCAGUCAUUGCAGGAUGGAGCUUCCAUCUCUUCUUCAGGAGCUUCACCUUUCUUCCUCAGAGAAGCUCCUCCCCUCCUCUGACGUCCCUCCAAUCACAGAGCUUCUAGCCCGUCUGCAGGAAAAGCUUGUUGCUGCAGCUAAUAAAGCACCAGAAUCUCGCAUGCUGAUUGGCCAGCUGGAGCAGCUUUUCCUAACAGCAGAUCCUGGUUGGCUCUUUUCUCCGAUCUCAACUCAGGAAGACCGAGCUGAGUUUGCCCGCCUGAUCAGGGCUCUGAUUGGCUGCGCAGCUCUGCCCCUCUGCAGCGAUGACUGCAGCUCUCUGAGCGCUGCAGCCUAUCAGAGCGUGCCGAGCCAGGCCAUGGCGGUGUGCUCCGCCCUCACAGCAUUACUGGAAAACUAUGGGAAAGGGGGAGGAGUCAAAGGACCUGCAGCACAGCUGUUGCAUACUCUUGCUCCGCCCAUCUGCGUGUUUGCCGUCACACAUUUCCAGGAACAGGCAUGGACCUCCUCCUCCUCCAGGGACGGGGCCCGGCGCCUACAAGUGGCGCUCCUAAAGGCGGGGGGCUGGAAAGACUCCGCCCACCUCUUAAUGGGGGGCAAAGAGGAGGACCACAGAGGAAUUCUGGGAGGAGUUCUGGACAUCCUGCAGCCUCAGAUGAGCAAGGAUUCGUGGCAGCGCUGUGAGGCGGUGAAGCUUGUGUUCGCCUGGACUCUCCUGCAGGUGACCCGCCCCUCUCUGUCUCCGCACCUCCAUCGCCUGCUGCCCCCCUCCCUCCUCCUAAAUGAUGACUACAGGCCAGAGAACUGCAUGCUGGGAGUUCGCUGUCUUCACCACAUCGUUCUCCACACAGCAGCUGCAGAUCUUCGUCACUUUAACCAAGCAGAGGUGGUGUACCAGGCUCUGUUCAAGCAUCUCUACACCAACCAGGCAGCUGUGAUCCAGCUCAGCCUCUCCUGCCUCCUGGACCUCCUGCUGGUACUGGAGAAGUCCCCCUCCUCUCCUGAUCUCCCCCCCUCUCGCAGGAAACCCUGUCGCCAUGACGACGUCCUGCGCUUAGUUCUGACUCACAUGGAGGCGGAGCACAAGGUGGCGCUGCGGCGCGUCUACGCCUCGGCUCUCCCUCUUUACGUCGACAGGAUGGGCGUGGCCGUGUGCAGACACCUGCAGCGGGUGGAGCGGGUGGUCCUGGGAUAUCUACAAAUCAGCGAUCCGCCCGAGGAGACGAGUCGUCUGAAGGUUCUGGACGCGCUGCAGAAGACGAUCAAAGCGGCGUGGCCACGGAUGGAGGCUCGCGCCGACGCCUUGCUGCUCCGCCUGCUGCGCCUGCUGGUGGACGUCUCCUCAGACCGCCAGCUGGGAGAAUCGGUCCGACAGGAACUGAUGGAUCAGACCGCCGCCUCCAUCCGGCUGCUGGACGCCUGCUCGCACGGACGCGUGCAGCUUCUCCUCCAGCAGGUCGACAGCAGCUGCUGCAGCUCAGACGUCCUCUGUUGCCUGGCAACAGUGAUGCUGCAGGACCGCCAGGACACCGGUGUGAAACUUGAAGAGCGGACCCUGGCCCCCUGAAACGCACGGCGUUGGAGGCGGGGCCACAGACUGCACAGGUGGCUUUAAAAUAGUUGUGGACAUUUGGACAUCUUGCUCGUCUACCUCUAGUCCCACGAGGAUCAAGACUCUGCAGAUGUUCUGACCCACGAACUGCUGCAGAGGAAAUCAGGGAGGGGUCAUCACCGGAGUGUCAGCAGGUCCGGUCUGUGGUUCCGAACCGCUGAGCUCUGCUGCUGCUUCUUCAGACGGCAGCGCUGAAAAACACAGACAGCUCCUAAGGGGGCGGAGUUUCUGAACAUCAGAGUAUUUGACGUUUGGCCUGUUUGGCAGAACACGUCUGUGAGUUUUUAUAAAAAAUAUUAAAAUGUUUCCCUUC